AUGCCUCGGUUAGAGGAGAAACAUGUGUCGAAAUAUGAGAGUAGAUCCGUUAACGGUCGGAGUUUGAUCACUAGUGGGGAAAGUCGUAACGCUUCCUGUAGCGGUCAGUCAGUCAGGCCCAAUAUUAACAUUCCAAUAGAUUUAAAUUAUUUAGGUUCUAAUCCUGAAUUAAUUCCUAACACUAAAACAGUCAUCCUUGUACAUGGUCAUGGAGCAACAGCCGCUAAUUCAACAUUAAAUCCACACGUAAAAAACGCAAUAUUAACCAAUGAAGACGUGAACGUGAUAGUAGUAGACUGGACUGUAUAUUCAAGGCUGCCAUACUCCAGGGCAGACAGGCAUGUUGCAGAAGUCGCCAUGAAUAUACACAGUUUCCUUGAAUCACAAUUCUUAUUAUUGGAUCCUAGGCUAUUUCAUUUGGUUGGCUUUAAUCUUGGCGCUCAUAUUGUUGGACAGACAGGCAGAUUGUACCAAGGCCUAGUUCCAAGAAUUACAGCUUUAGAUCCUUCCAAGACCAAUUAUAUGCUGAGCAGGACAGACGCCGUCUACGUCGAAGUAAUCCAUACUAGCGGGGGUACUCCUGUAUCAAUUGGGCUUGGAAUAGUAUUGGGAGACUUAGAUUUCUUCCCUAAUGGCGGUAGAAAGCAACCGGGAUGCAUGAACUCGACAUGUAAUCACGACCGAGCAUGGUGGUACUUCGCUGGGUCACAGACACCUGGUACAUUUAUGGCUAGGUGCUGCUCAUCACAAUCACAGAUGAAUUCAAUCAAUUGCAUAAUAAAUGGCGAAAUUAGAAUGGGAGGAAAUGAUCUAGCACCGAAACACGGAUGUCCUAGUGGAAUCCUCCUUAUCGAGACUUGCCGCUCCUAUCCAUUUUAUUUUGGUUAUUAG